GUUGUGCUGGUAGAGUUGUCAAGGUUUGGAGGAGAGGUCCGACAGGUAUAGCUCCCAGCCUGAGACCUCAUGAUGUUGGGGAUAUUCAGUAUUCCAGAUGAGGACACCAUCUGGCCAUCUUUGUCGAACCACUGUGCAAGUGGUUCUCGGUUGGAGUUUGUGCUGUCACAGGUGAGGAACAGCGUGCCUCCCUCAUUGACUGUAGUUGCUCCCGUG